AUGGUGGAAGCAGCUGUCAAUUCUAUAUCUAAAGAUAAAGAAUUGAAAUCAACUUGGUUAAAGUGUUUCCAAGACGAUGCCACUAAAGACAAGGAACUGAUAGAGAGACUUUUCGAUGGCAUACUAGUGUAUUACAUCAACAUGGGGGCUUCCCAAUUUUUAAGAGACUUCAGGAGAGCAGCACUGUGUCUGAAAGCGCAUCACACAAACGAUUGCAAAAAACCUGAUGGUUCAACCUGCGACAAAUGCAGAAAAAACCACCACCGGUCUCUACACAAUGAAAAGGCUGGUGACACAAACACAAGUUUGAAUCCAAAAGCAGCACAUUUCCAAAGUCAAUUCCAAGGACCAUCUGCUACAUGGAACGGCAACAUCGAAGGAAAUACUGUGUACCAGAAAAGCAAGUUAAAACCCGUUACUGAUUUGUGCCCUGCACUAAACGUUAAAGUCAUGACCAGAAAUGGAAACUUUGUCAAGGUCUUUGCAAUGCUGGACUCUGGAUCGAAUACUAGCCUACUCUCCAAAAAUGCAGCUAGACGACUCGGCUUAAGUGGAUCAGCAAUGCAUCUCACUAUGAAUCUGGCUGGUGGGAAGAAAAAGAGCGAACCUUCACAGAUAAUCGAUAUCACAGUUGCCUCACUUACUGACGAGGAUAUUUCGAAGACCCUUCAGGUGUACACUGUUACAAGACCUUGCAGUAGUGCCAAAACAAUUUCUAAGGAGCAACGUCUGGAGAACCAGGAGAACCUUGGAUGGUACGUUUUGGGACAGUUCGAGUCAAACAGCUCUGCAACAUCUGAAAUUGAGUCUAUAGAGGUCGGGACACAAGUUCAUGAAGUCCCUUGCAGCUUCAACUACUUAAGUCGACGGGAGAAUACAAGUGAAGAUGCNUCAUCUUCGAAAGGUCACGAUGGUUUGUCCCUUAACGAUCAUCUCGAGAAAGGUCCUAACUUCAUCAAUAGUCUCCUCGAUGUACUGGCAGCAUGGCGAUGGAACGAAGUAGCAUUCACUGGCGAUGUCCGCAAGAUGUUCAAUCAAGUACUGGUGCAUCCAGACGACAAAGUUUAUCACAGAUUUCUGUGGAGGAGUAAGACAACUGAUUCACCAACUGUAUAUCAAUGGCUCAGAUUGAACUUCGGCGAUAAACCAGCUCCUGACAUAGCAACCAACGCCAUCAAUAAUCUAGCAAAGUUAUCAGAAGCUGAAUUCCCGGAAGCCGCUAAGGAAGUUCAAGACCAUGUGUGCGUGGAUGAUAUUGGUGGGUCCAGAGAAACUACAGAAAAAGCAAAACAGAUUACCAACGACAUUGACGCUAUCCUCAAGAAAGGUCACUUCCAGAUCAAAGCUUGGCAUUCCAAUCAGGCAGGAAUUGACCAAUCCAACGGUGAAAGAUACACAGACCUACUUGGUCUAAGAUGGGAUAAACAGGCAGACAAGUUUACCUUGAAAAAGAAUGAGCUUGGCCACUUGGAUGUCCUGACAAAGAGACGUUGCCUAGGUCUUGUUGGUCAAUUCUGGGAUCCCAUUGGUCUCAGGCUGCCUGUAGCAAUCAAGUUCAGAAUCGACCUACAAGACUUGUGGAGCUCUGGGUAUGACUGGGACGAGAUCCUGCCAGCAAGCGUUCAAAGCAAGUGGAAGGAAAAUGUGCAAACCAUGAAUCAUCUUCUAGCGUUUGAAUUCAACCAAAAGUUGAAUUCAAGUCAUGCAGUUGGGGUACCGCAAGUCCAUGGAUUCUGUGAUGGAGGCAAGAAAGCAUACAGCGCAGUCAUUUUCCUCCAUUGGGAGUUAAUGAAUGUUAAUGAAAACGAAAACAGUCCCAAGACUGGAACUCAUGGGUUGUUUAACAGUUACAAGGAUGUACGACACUUGCAGAACGUCACUGCUGUUUGCAAACAUCCAAGAUUGCAAAAGAAUCUUCUGGGUGGACUUCUCUACUGUCUUGUCGUGGAUAAAGACCCCAUCACAAAAGUUUAAGCCUUUCUUAUCAGCGAGAGUAGCAGAGAUACAAGAAACUGUUGGAGUUGAUGACUUCUGCUACAUAAGGUCGAAGAGUAAUCCCGCCGACACACUCACAAGAGAAACCGAACUAUCACAACUUACAGAUUGGCUAGAGGGACCGUCUUUCCUCCAAUUGCCCGAAGCCAAAUGGCCCAGUUUUCGAGCUGAAGACCAAAGUACUCGUGUAGAAGAAGUUGAAGUCUUGAAGGAAAUGAAAACCUCAGAGAAGGCUGACACAUCUGAGAAGCAUGAAACAGCCAUAGCAAAUGUUAAUGCUGUGAAACACGAAGCUACCACAGCAGAAGCUAAUGCCAAACUAGGAGAAGAUAACACCAUUCUUCACCAUUUACUGAAGACCUGUUCAACACUCCCGAAGAUACGGAGAACACUCGCUUACGUUCGCCGUUUCGCCCAAAAUGCUAGAAAGAAGAAUGCAAAGACAGGCCCUAUCACUGUUCAAGAAUUGAAAGAGUCUCAGAAUCAACUGUUCAAGUGGAGCCAACUACACUUAGAUUCAUCCAUCAUUGACAAGAAGUUGAUUCCAAGCCUGGACAAAGAUAGUCUAAUUCGAGCUCAUGGACGUCUCGAAGAUGCCAGAUCAUCCCCACCAGAAAUGAGAAAACCAGUAAUCCUACCACACGACCAUCUACUUGUCAAGCUGCUGCUGCGUCAUCUGCACACCAGGCGUGCAGUGUGGCUACAAGAGCUUAAUUCAUGAAGCCAGAAGAAAGUACUGGAUAAUAGGAGUUUGCAGCAUGUCCAAAGUCUCACUGCAAAGUGCACCACCUGCAGGAAACUUCGGAAGAAACUGCUGGACCAGCUAAUGGGGCAGAUCCCCUCCUUACAAGUGGCAGCAGGUUUUCCCCCUUUUUCCAACACCGCCAUUGACAUGUUUGGACCCUUGCAUAUAAAGCUUAAUCGGAAGAUUCUGAAGAAGCUCAAGUCGUAAUAUUCACCUGCAUGACAACAAGAGCAGUUCACUUAGAACUUGUCAAUGACAAAACAUCUGAUGCCUUUUUGAUGGCGUUCCGUCGUUUCACGAGCUUGUGUGGUCACCCAAGUGUUUGUUAGUCUGACUGUGGUACAAACUUUGUCAGUGAAAGAAAUUAUGCGGAACUGGAACAUUCCCAAGAUUCAAAGUGUUCUAUCCAAGGAUUUCAGUAGUGAUUUCAAAUGGCUAUGGAAUAUACCUCAUGCAAGCCAUCAAAAUGGUGUCGUGGAAACUCUCAUCAAGUCUGUCAGACAAGGUCUCGAUGCUAUCUACAAGAGUCAAGCCUUUACCGAAGAGCAACAGAGAACAUUUCUGUUGGAGACAACCUAAAUCAUCAAUGGAUGUCCUCUGUAUCCAAGUUCUAACGAUAUCUGGAAAGGUCCACCCAUCACACCAAAUGAUAUUCUCAUGGGUCAUCAUCUCCCACUCCCUCAACCAGAAACUGAGGAAAGGGUAAACCCCAGACAUCUUCUAAGAAGUACCCAAGAUCGAGUGAAUGAAUUCUGGAAAUGCUGGAUGAGAUACUUUGCACCAAAUCUGUUACCAUGAAACAAGUGGUUCUGAACUAGAGAAAAUGUUGAGGUUGAUGAUUUAGUUUUGGAGUUGGACCCGAAUCAGGAAAGAUCACAAUGGAAGCUGGCUCAUGUCGUUGCCACAUAUCCAGGAAACGAUGGCCUGGUCAGAAAGGCGAGAAUCAAGAUCCAGAGUAGUGAAUAUGACAGACCAAUCCACAAGUUGUCAAUUAAGCCUAUUCAGAGAAACAACACUAAUGCUACUUUCUCAUGCUACUCAUCAUUGAACACUAUCACCUCGUAGUCAUUGCUCAAUUAGAACUAAUCAAUUAGACCUAAUUUCCGCACUGGGGAGGAGUGAUUUGGAUGUUCAGUUGCACAUAAAAAGAAUUAGAAUUCAUUAUUGUUGGUAAUUGCAAAAUCGCCUCGACUACGCGAGGUGGGAAAAACAGGUCAUGUGAAUUAAGUUUAAAAGGAAAAAUUCAUCAUGUAACGACAUUCGAAGCCAAGUCAUCAACAUUUGUAAGCGUAAGCAUCAAGAUAGUGCUCAAAGGGUUUUGAAACUUGUAAGUUCUGAAAUCGUUUGUCGCUUCGAUUUAGAAUGUUGUAAAUAGUAAUUUAUCUCAUAAUUAUUUCAAUUUCAGUUGACUACGAUGUAACCACGGACGCAAUGAGCCGUGUAAACUCUAGUUCAAAUAAAUCUGACAACUUUUGAUCCCUGGUGGGCUAAUCUUCAAAAUAAGUAGUACCUUCAACCACAGGAGCAAAUCACUCACAAACUAAAUUCAAUCCUGUGACUACUAAUUCAAUCCUUUGCAA